AUGGCUAAUAGUAAUUUAAACUUUGUCAAAAGAAAACGGUCUGCAAAUUGGGAUGCAUUAGAAAAGGUAAAGACAUCCAUCAAAUGUACUGGUGGAGGGCCUAAACCUCUUAGCCCUGACCCGGAAACCAUUGACAUUUUGAGCAUGAUUCCACAGGAAUUUGAGACGGAUUUCAAUGUCUUCGACAGUGACAGCAUAACACAUCCAGAGAUUCAAAGUCAGGAGAAGUCCUCGGUUAAUACAAUAACACAAGAGUAUGUUAUCACUCCAGGAGAUAAUAAUGAUAAUGUGCAAGAGAAUAUUACACCACUACCUUUCAAGAUGCAAAAUGAAAAAGAUAGAACGAAACGGAAAUUAUCAUUCAAUCGUAUGAAUGAUAAUAUACACACAACCAAACGUGAGGAUAGAGACUUAACCAGAGAGCGCAAUCAUGUUCUUGUCAGUUGCAUAAAGGAAGAACAUGAUUUAAAAACGAAAAAUAUGAUGGAAGCUCAUAGUUUUAUUAAAGAGGAACAUAAUUUAAAAAUCCAAAAAAUAUUAUUGGAAAAAGAAGAAACGCAGCUUCGUGUUGCAAAACUUAAAUUAGAAAUUUUACUUUUAAAAUCAAAAUUGCCUCAAUAA